AUGGCGGCGCAUCUUUUGUUCAAGUUAAGCCAGUUCAGAGAAAACGGAGACUUCAUUGACGUUCGUCUGAAGGUGGAUGAGUCCAUCUUUCCUGCUCACCGCAAUGUUCUCGCUGCCAAUAGCGAUUAUUUCCAUGCAAUGUUCACCAAUGGAAUGAAGGAAUCGAACCAGGAAGUGAUCGAGCUCAAAGACAAAAGUAUUUCAGCACUGAGUUUUAACAUCAUAUUGGAUUCAAUCUACCGUGGAGAUGUCCUUGUUUGCAAGGAAAACGUGUUUGAAGUUCUGGCAACUGCCAGUCAUCUCCAGAUGUCAAUUAUUGUUCGACAGUGUUGUGAUUUCUUGGACAAAGAAUACAUUCAAGGUUACAUUGACAUCCAGACGUAUUUCCAUCUUCUUGCAUUUGCUAAUUUGCCUGAGAUGACCUCAGUGUUCCUUCCGAGACAUUCGUCUUCAAAUCGGUGAUGCAGUGGAUCAAACACAAGAAGGAAGAGAGGAUGCCAGUCGCAGCCAAAGUUAUCGGAGCCGUUCGUCUGGGGCUGGUGGACACCAAGGAUGUGGUUGAAGAACUGAACACAGAGGAGAUGCAACGAGUGCCAGAGAUUCAAAUACUUAUGUGUGAAAAACUGUUGCAUAGCAACAUGCCCUCGCCCAGCUCUAAGUUUGCUGUUGAGAAAACAAGACCACGUUCAAUAACCUCGGUAAGUGCAGAAAACCUUUAUUUCAUAAAUAGCUGUUGUUCAUGACUUUUUUUGAUAACUGAGUACAUGUGAUAUAUUUUCACGCUUACUGAUCAAACUACUGAACCGUUGUGCCCAAAAGAUAAACCGUAAGGAUCUCAUCUCAGUGCUACGAAUAUGUCGAGACUGCUCGCCUAAUAGAACCUGGAAGUCUGUUGAUGGAAGCUGCUUCUUCUACAUUACCUCAGUGACUAUUCAAAGUUAGAUUAUUAGGAAUUCCGUACAGCUAAACAGCAUUCAGUAGUUCCCGAUCCUAGCAAGGCAUCGUUGAAUCGAAUAGUUAAUGGCCUUUGUUACACCUAAGGCCGGAAGCAGACGACCAGCCUUUCGCCUAUGCCCCGUUGAUGCUACCGCAACGAUUUGUUUUUUGUCAAGACAUUGCCUCCAGUUCUCAUAAAUUUGUUAAUCAAAAUAGUGAAAAUUUACAACUCUACGGUCUGAGUCAGGCUUUAUAAUCAGACAAUAAUGUUAUUAGUGCCACAUAUCCCUAAUCAAAUCACCGGUACAGUUUUCUUAAUAGGGUUUCAAUUAAUGUUCAUUGAGUGUUUGGAAAUUCCAUACGUUUUGCCUUUGGCCACUUUCAGGUACACGUUGCUAUUUUUCCUGAUGGCUUAGAAGAGAAACGAAGGCAACAGGAGGAGGAGGAGAAAGUUUCCGAUGCCAAUGAAACUAAGUAUCUUGAUGCUGGAACAAAAUCAUGGAAACCGUUGCCUUUCUCUAUGGCAAAAUUGAAUGAUGUAACUGAAUGCAUCGGUGCUGAAGUUGUCAGUAAUAACUUGUAUGUUGCUGCAAAAGGUGAUAAUUCUGUUGAUAUGUAUUGCUAUAACAGGAUUAGAAAUGUAUGGGAGACACUUCCUUGUUGUCAGUGCAAUUUCGUGCUAAGUGAAGUAAUAUGUAUGUGUUCUUUCAAUGAAUAUAUAUAUGUAUUUAGUGACGGCUCAGAACCGACUCAGAGAUAUAGUUUAAGUCAGAAUUUUUGGCAAAGUGCUUCCGAAUUGCCUUUCUUUAAGAAACUACAUCAUAGUGAAAAUUUAUUUUCUGUGACAGCAGUGAGCCUUAAAUCCAAAAUAUAUGUACUUCAUGGACAUUACAGUGAGGAAUACAGUGAUCUCUUUGACGAGGAUGAGACAAGUGAAAAGCCGGCCGUGGUUCACUGUUUUGACCCACAGAAAAAUGAAUGGGAAAAGAAGGCUUCAACUUUGUCUCCUCACUUUGAAUCCAGCCUUUUUGUAGAUAAUAACAAGCUUUAUGUGGGCGGUGGAAGUAUUUCUGUUUCUAAAGAUUUUGUCUCCGGGCGUAUGUGUGCUUCAGGUGAAACAGCCCCUGUCGAAGUUUAUGAUGAGGAAAAUAACUCGUGGUGCGUUGUUCAACAGAACCACAUUCCUUCAAACGACCUUAAUGCAGUAGAACUUAUAGGAAGAAAGGUCUAUUUCAUCAUCAACAAAUUUCCAAUUGACAGUGGAAUUAGAAUUCCACCAAAUGAAGUGUACAAAAUUUCUUUACAAGAGUGGGAACAUUUGACAACCAUCCAUGAAGCUGCUGUCUUGUGCUAUUUACCAGUAAACAAAGAGAUGUUAAACAAGUUGAAGGCUGCAGCGAAAUCCCCUCUUGAAACCGUAAACUAA